CACGAACAACAAUAUGAAGCAGAAGCUCGCGAAAGCGAACAACAACAGCCUGGUCCCGAAUAACGGAAUGAACAACCACCGUGCGACCAACCACAUUACCAGUUCCUCGACGAUCAAGGACAACACCAAGAUCCUGUCCCGGCUGAACGACACCAGGCUGCAGAAGUACCCGAAGAGCUUCAACCUGUCGAAAUCCCUGAAGGACCAGCCGUUGCUAUUGACCCCCGCCAAGAAAAGGUCCUCGCUGGAUCGCCCGGUCCGCGUUUACGACUCCUUCUCCCAGCCGUCGAAGCUGGUGCCCGUGAACUACGCGGCGUUCCAGGGCCCCCAGAGGAGGGAGAUCGGCGAGUCGACGACCUGCGUGAAGAACGUGCAAGAGGAGACCAGCUGGUCGAUCAGGCUGAGAAAGAGGAAGAAGUUGAUAAGGCUGAUGAAGCAGCAGCAGCAGAACAGAUCCGUCUACGAGGACACCGACAGGCUGCUGCGCGUAUUCAGCGUUAACAAUGUGGACCAAGAUAAUAGGUACAACGUUUCACGGUGUUCUGUCAUGUAAAGACUAUGUAGAGACGGUCACUGGGAAUCGCCUGGCCGAUGCUCGUUCGAGGCAGGGCCGAGAAUCGGAGCCGGCGAACUCUGGGGUCGCGUCCCGAUCCGCUUCGAACGCUUUCCGAAAUUGGUCGGCGCGCGAGCAAACCCGCUUCCGCGGAAAUAUUUACACAAACGGACUGUCCUGAGUCCCCUCGAUUAUAAUGGUAGCCUUGGAACGUACCCGGUUAAUCGUGUCUUUCAAAAACGAUGUACUUCCGCUGCUAGCCGAUCCAGCAACUACGGACGCUGCUUGCUGACGGUCCAGGCUCCGAAACUAGCGGAUAAGAGCGCACGGGAACCAAAUUGUAUUCAAUGCUUUUCCAAGAUCCUCGGACGACGUUUGAGGCGAUUCGGGACGACCGCGGAGUCGGUUCGACUCGAGCGACCACGAAAACGCGCAGAGAACGCGCGGGCUAGGUUUCAAUAUAGUUGACGGUAUAUCGGCUGGCGCAGGACUGCGAGGCGAACCUGGAAGAGAAUAUCGCGCGACUUGUGUUCUCUUUUUAUACUUAAGAACAUUCGAUGCGAAGGGGAGCUUUCUCGCGCCGCAGAAGGAUCCUGGGACCUCCGAGAAGAUGAAGAGUCGUCGCGUCAACUGAAUUGACAGCCCCGCGUCUCGACGACGGUUCUUGCACUUUCCGUGCCGUUGAAUUCUCUUCCAUGCUGCUCUUCGUGGAAUUCCAACAUGUCCGAACGCGUCAUGGCGGAGAAAGUGCAAAGGAAACUGGCAUCGCUCGCUCCGGCACGAAUUCGAAGCCCUCGCUAUCGAGCAUCAAUUUAAAAAAAAAGAAACAAAUCGAAUGGCAGUUUCCCUGUUGAAAGAAACUACAAGAAAAAAAAAGAAACAAAACGCGCGUCCCAUUUUGCGGGAAGCGUGCUCCACUAAACAGUAAGGAAGUUCUUCGUUCAAUGUGACUCGAGUCUCACUGCUGUCGCUUGUUGUGUUUGACAAAAUUCGCCGCUGGGAACAGAGGCGAUGGAUGUUUGUAUCGUUUUUAAGGUUUAGAGAGCUAAACGACCGUGGCUGGAGAGUAUUUAUGAUACGAUAACGACGGGGAAAAACGAAACGAAGGGAACGCAAUUUUUUGGUAUUAAAUCGUUGUUGAAAAAUGAGCCGGCAAAUAAUCGGAGUAUUUAUCUCGGUGUAAGAGAGAAUGGAUAUAUUUGAUGUUCGCGAGCCCUGCGCGGAACAGGGAUUAUUCGUCGAUGUUCGUCUGUUUAUUUUUACUCGCUUGCGCAAAACAACAAAGAACAAAAAAAAGAAACACGCAGCCGUUGUGUUCGGUCUUUCGAAAAUCGUUCAGUUGACAGAGCAACGUUGUUUCGUUGUCGUCCAUUUUACGUUUGUAAACGAUGCGCGAGGAAGACGCGGAGAACUUUGAAUUUUCGUCUUUUGAAACUUUUGUUACCAUGGCUCGUAUGCGGCUAACGAUCGUUACUAAUAAUUAAGAGAACUUAAGGAUCAAAUAAGAAAUCGAAACAUAACGCAAGGACAAAA